AUGGAGACUGGAGGUGUGUUUGUGUUCUGUAUCUUCUACUUAAGUCUCUUUAGAGGAACAUGUGGAGAUAUGAAGGACAUGUAUAUGAAGAUUGUGGAUCUGGUGGCUCCGGGUCAGGAGUUUCUGACAGAAGAUGCUGUUCGCUCACUUUGUGAGCGGCUGGAGAUUGGUGUCCAGUGCUCCGGUGUGUCCUGUGGAAAGUGUCUGUCUGUGUCCGGUGUGUCUCAGCUCUUGAGGAACUACAGUAGUUCAGAUGGUCUACAGAUGGAGGAGUUCUUCAUGACGGCCGCUGGCUUCUGUCUGUUUCUGAGCGCUCCAGAGGAGACCUGCGGGGUCAUACGUGAGGGCCGAUGGGGUAUCGAAACCCAACACUUCAUUGAAACAAUCUUAGGCCAGGGUCACCAUGACAACAACAUCAGCACCAGUCAUCCUCCACAUGACACAGACUAUGAGGGUUUGGAGAAACUGUUUCUCAAUAUAGAGAAAUACUAUCAGCCCGACGCUCAUGAGUCUUGCGUGUCUCUGAAUGAUGUCCUGGAGGAGAGCGGUGAUCAUCACACAGAUCAUAUAAACACACCGCUGGACGUCGUGUUUGGAAACAUUCUUUAUCACGUUCUGCGUGGACACUGUAUGAGAGCUCAUGUCCUGCUGGAUCAACAGUACUUUCUGGAUUACUUCUUUAACCGCUCAGAGAAUCUCACCCUGCACGAUUUUGAAAAGGUUCUGAAGUCGCUGAAUCUGGGUGGAGGUGAACAUGAUCAUGACAAACAUCAGAGCAGCAGAAAGACCCUCAGACUCCACCACACAGAGGGUCACCAUGACAACCGCAGCUGUGUCUAUACGUGUUUCAGCGCUGAAGAUCUGUUGAGAAUCCAUCACGUGAACUCUUCAGCACUGACCAGAGAUCAGUUCACUCAGAUCAGUCCUGCACUGAUUCAACAGAUGCUCAGUGGAAGCUGUUCUGAGAUCAGUCCCGGUCCUGUGAGCCCUGACUCUUUGAGCACCGCUGAACGUUAUGGAUACGCCACCCUGGCCAACAUCCUGGUGUGUCUAAUGUCUGUGUUUGGAAUCGUGGUGUUGUUGUUCUCUGUGUGUACUCGGGUGUUUGAGUUGUGUAUUCAGUUCUGUAUCAGUCUGGCCGUGGGAUCUCUCACAGGUGAUGCUCUUCUUCAUCUCAUCCCUUCAUUCUUAGGUCUUCAUUUACAUGAAGAUAGUGGACAUGAUCACGAUCAGUCGGAGGAAAACUUUGACUAUAUUUACAAGCUUCUGGUGGUUGUUGGAGGCAUUUAUGCUUUCUACCUGCUGGAGACUAUGUUCUCCAUCAUCACUCGACUAGACCAUCAUCAUCAUCAUACAGAGUCUCAGGACCCCCAUCACUGCGACCACAGUAAAGUCCUGCAGAUGUUUCAGAGAAGACGAGAGAAUCAGUCCAACUCACAGACUGAACUGGUGGAUGGACAAAACAACAGCUUGUUCCUGGAAUCAGUUCCUCAAAGAGAGCAGCGUUUGCUUCCCUACAUGAUCACCAUUGGAGACGCCAUUCAUAACUUUGCUGAUGGUCUGGCGAUGGGUGCGGCGUUCUCCGUGUCUUGGCGUUCGGGUCUGGCCACAUCUCUGGCCGUGUUGUGUCAUGAACUGCCACAUGAGCUGGGUGACUUCGCUGUGCUGAUCAGUUGUGGUCUGUCUGUGAAGAAAGCUCUGUUGUUAAACGUCGGCAGUGCUCUCACUUCAUUCAUUGGGCUGUACAUCGCUCUCUCCGUCUCUACACAUACAGACGCUCCACAGUGGAUUUCUGCAUUCACCGCUGGACUCUUUCUGUACGUGGGCCUCGUCGAUAUGUUGCCGUCCAUGAUUCAUGUGGACAGUAAGAGACCCUGGCUGAUGUUUCUCCUACAGAAUCUGGGGCUUUGGAGCGGUUGGGGCAUUCUGUUGCUUCUGUCUUUAUAUGAAGACCAGAUAGCUGUAUAACCAGUGACUUGCCUACACAACAUACACAGCUUUACAUUUGAUUGGUUUUUGGGCGGCUUACAGAAUGUUAUAAAGCAUAACUGCAUGAAUAAAAAGGGGGAUUCUAACGAAAAACCUGCCAAAUAGUGAGCAGGGUUAAGAAAAACAUCAUAACACCCUACAGUGUCCCGUCUGACAGCCUAUAUUGGAAACAUCAAAAUAAAAAUUCAUAUGUUUUCCAGUCAAAUAUAUAAUGAAUAAGUGCAUUUAUAACAUGUGAGUUAAAAUGUCUCAC